CCGAACAUUUCGGUGUUACACUAUUUCAGUCCCCCGUUCACACAGCCUAGCGUCGCAAACACUGCAUUAGCAUUAUUUUUCUUUCUUCUCGCUGCAUUUCGAGAUCUCUUUCUGUUUAUUUGUGCACUAUAACAUAGAGAAAGGGCUGUAGAAAUGAUUUAUUAUUUAUAAAUUUACCUAUUCAGGCAGUCAAUAUAUUGUAGGGCAUAUUAUUUUGGCUAGCUAUCUGGUUUCUCGAUGUUAAGGUUAGCUAAGCUAGCUACAUAUGCUACUAGCAGCUGCUGCUUAAUAACGUGUAAUAAGAUUAGCGAAAUUAGAAACAUUUCGGAAACAAAACUUGAAUACAUAUGAACGAGGCAAAAUUUCAGACCCAGGAGUUUUAACCUGCUAUUCAGGUGUAUGCUUGAGGGAUAAAACGUAAAGAACCAGGAGCACGGCGUUGUCUUGUUUAGCUAUCUACUUCAGCUCCAGCUACUCAUUCACCCCGAAGAUGUCUGAAAUCAUCCUGACGUUUCAGACCCAGCUGUCUGGAGUCAUGGAGACAGUCUUUAAGGCUGCUAUAUUUGAGAUCACCAGGCUGGUGGAGGACAGUUUCCUCGAGGAAGUGUCCCGGAGCCGUGAGCAGGUGGAGUCUCUGAAGAAGAAACUGCAGUGGUCUGAGAGCAAAGGCAGGAGAAGAUGUGCUGAGUGUGGCAACACCAAAGUGGCCAGUGAAGAAAGACGAGAGAAAUCCUCUCCAGCACAACCAGGUGUGGAAAACGCUCGGAUUCUUAAACAGGAGAGAAGCGCGGAGGAGAGCUGGAGAAGCUGUGGAGUUGAGAAGGCAGUUGAACUUUCUGGAAUGGUGGAAACAGAACCCGUAUCCAGUCCGCUUAACGCCGCAGAGCAUGCGGUUCAAGAGGAAGGAAAGCUGGACUGCAUGCUUAAAUCUGAGUCUGUUCAGACUGCCACUGCUACUGAGCUACAAGAUGAGUGGAAACUGAGUACUGAAGUAACAGAAGGCUCUGACAACUCUGCUCAUAGUAAGACUUACAGUGAGCAGGAGCUGCAGCAGAUUCAGAAUGACUGGAGCUCUGGGUUGGACCAAGCCACCGAGCCUGAGCAAGACAUGGACCAUAUCCAGGGUCUGCUCUAUAGAACUCGCUACAACAUGGAGGACUUGGGAAGCUAUAGCAACCAGGAGCUGGAUAUGGGAGGGAUGAAUGGCCUAACAGACCCUCCUCAGAGAGCUGGAGAGGUUUUGGGUUUCGGGGUGCUGGCGGGUUCUUUGCAGACUGACCUGGGUACAUCUGAGGAAUGCAGAAGACAGCUCAAAAAUAAACGAGCAAACAAAGGCUCGUCGUCGUUACACAACACUUCAGAUACAGGCGACAUGGACUGUUUGCUUAUUAAUGAGGAGGGCUACUUGCAGGAUGUAAGUGGUCUCUCUCAGGCUCCAGGUUCACAUGCCGGAGACUCACAAGGACACCCGAUAUACAAUAGAGAUACAGUUAAUGAUGGUACUGAUUGCUUUUACAGUGGAGAUGCAUUCAGCCAGCAACUAGAGCUGAAUAAUGGAUCUGCAGUAAUGUUGGGAGACAGAGAGGACAGAGAUUAUGCUUGCUCUCAGUGUAUGAUCAGUUUCCCAGACCAGGUUUCCCUUAAAGCGCACUUGAAUGGUCACCGUCAUCGCAACAUCACCACUUCCUACGUCUGCAACCAGUGUGGGAAGAAGUUCCCUCAAGCCUGCAACCUGAAGGUCCACCAACGCGUGCACCAGAGGGAGGGUCUGCACCUGUGCAGCCACUGCGGGAAAGGCUACACGUCCUUCAGUGACCUGCGGAGACACCGUUGCAGCCAGGCUGGAGACAAACCCUACAGCUGCUCGCUGUGUGGGAACAAGUUCAGCCGCCUGUGGAACCUCAAGCUGCACCGGCGCAUCCACACGCAGGAGAAACCGCACCGGUGCAGCAUGUGUGACAAGAGCUUCACCCGGGCGGACAUCCUGAAGGUCCACCAGCGCACCCACACCGGAGAGAGACCGUACUCCUGCAGGGUCUGUGGACUCACCUUUAAACGCCUCGACCAUCUCAGAUCACACCAGCGCAAACACGGAGCCAAUCUGAAUAACCACCAGAACUAGUCGUUUGUAGAAUAAUGAAGUCUAUACAACAUUACUUUUAUUUUGCAACAAGUGACUAAUUUACAGAAUUGUAGUACAUUUAGUCGAAACACUGCGUCUCAGUGAAGUUUGUAAUGGAGGAAGGAGCAGAUCAGUGUACUAAAAGAGCAGGUUAGUGUAUUAAUUGAGCAGACUGUUAUAAAGCAGAUAUGAUGCACUAUGGAUUACACACAGCUCUCCAGUGGUUUCUUUAGAUAGUCUUAUUUAUUACAGUUGCAAUUUUCAUAAUUUUAUUUGCUCCAAAAAUAUUUACUGCAGGUUUCACAGUGUUUUUAAAAUUAUUGUGGUGUUUUUUUUUUGUGACUCCUAAAGUAAUAGUUUCCAGUAGGCUUUUACAGGGCAUAGAACAAGACAGCAACAAAAUCGUCCCACCAUCAACCAGGUUGUGCCUCGGCUGAUGUGUGUAGUGAAGCGGGAAGAUGUAGCUUGUGCUAUAAUGACAUCAUCAAGGUACACAACACUCCUGUGAAGCACAUUAAGUUUAAUAAACAUACACUUCGAAUGAAAACGUAAACGAAAAGACAUAAAAUCAUAAAAUCUUUUGUCCCAGGCAGCCAUUCAACUGAUUUGUCCACGCCUGCUAUUUUUUAACUGUAUAGUAAGAUGUGGUAUAAAACUCAGUGUUCGCAUAGCUUGUCUAGAGCUGUUUCAUUUAUUGGUGUUGAUUCGAACGUUGUACGUAGUGAUGUGUUUCUUACAUUUCUUACCCUAAAACAUACGAAAUACCUAAGGAGUUUUCUUUGAUUCUUAUAAGAAAUUCCAAAAGGCUACUAUUGUAUCUAUGAUUUUUACAAGUAGAUCUAAACACACCGUUUGCCUUUUGGAUGUUGGACAUCUACUGUAAAUCAGUGAUUAUGUGUAAGCUAUGCAUAUUUGUUCAGCAAUAUUGUACUCCCAAAGUGUAUCGAAUCACACAAAAAUGGAUUGAGGAUUAAUUUGUAAGUGAAAUGUAAUCUUUGUAAUCUUUGAAAAUAUUAGCGAGAAUCCUAGAAAUCAAGCUAAAAGGCAAAUCAAUUUUCUAACUAGGCUUUGUGAAAUAUGCUUAAAUAUUCAUAGACAACUCAUUCAGCAAUGUGAGGACAUGAAAUUUUUACGCUUGCACUUGUACAAGACAAUUUGAGCCUGAAAUCGAAUUACAGUCCUUUGCCCUGUAGAAGCCUAUGAAAGAUCGUUUCUUGUGUUAUUCAACUUUAGAAGCACAAAAUGCCCACUAAAAUAAUUGUAAUUUUCCUUCAAUUCCCUCUCGAAUAUUUUGCCAAGGUAGUUUGUGUCAUGGUUUAAGGAAGUGAGUGUUAGUAAUUUCUAUAUGUACUGUUUAAUACUGCAGUGCCUCUGUAAUUACUUUGUUUUGCAAACUGAGAACUAGUCUCUUAUUUAAUACUAUUUUAAUAAUGAAUGUUUUACUGAGUCAUAUUUACAUACUUAGUUACUUUUAUCUGAGAUCUAUUAUUAUUUCUAUCAAAUAUAUGCAGAUUUUUGGUUUGUUAGGAUGGCGUUUGUAUUGGUCUCCCACGGAUGUCUGUGGGGCAGCAACUCACUGGUACAUUUUUACAAACUUAAAAAGAUAUGCCUUUAAGUUAUGUGAAGCUGAUCGACAGGGAAGUUACUGUGGGGGAAAAGUGUGUGUAAGCAC